GUUUUCCUCUAGGUCAUCCAAUCUGAAUACGCAUCUUAAAUAAAAACAUCAAGGCGUGUUGUUUCGUUUUCAAAAUAUUUGUUCGUAGAUGUCUUCCCGGUCGUAGAUGGCUGAGAAAGCUAGUCAAGAGACAGUUGGAUAUGAAGAGGAUAAUGUUUUGGAAGAAGAAAAGAAUUGUAAACUGACGUAUUUCUUUCGCGAUAUACUAAAAAAACGCAUAGACUUCCAAAUGUCUAGUGAUGAAGUUACAGAUAUAAUAUCUGCUGUUGAAUUUUUAGUAAGGAUUAUAGUGACGGCAGUCAGUUCUAACGUGAUAUGGCUACCAUUCUCGCGAAUUGUCAAAGUUGGAAGCAUGGCAGAAGGAACAAGCGUUGGAAGUCCCGAUGAGUUCGAUUAUCUUGUUGUUCUUGAACAAAAAGGAGUAGAAGUCAGUAGGAGCUGUGAGCAGAAAAGAGGAUAUGCGCAUAUAAAGGUAACAGACCCUCACUUGCAAAGGAUAUGGAGAAAAUGGCUAUAUGGUGACUAUUUACAGGGGGCUUUUACUCAUGGAUUUUCAGAAAUUUUCCCAGGAUAUUUUGAUACGCUAGGAAAUGCUUUUAUGUAUGAGGUUGGGGAAAUAAUCAGAUAUUUAAAGGACGAUCUGUUUUGUCUCAGACCGACAGGUCGGAUGCUUAUCGACAAAAACAUACAGUAGCAUGGACCCGCUUUUACUCCACAGUUUCUAUGGGAACCCCACAGCCGCAGAGGAAAAAACAUAACUAUUAAAGUUGACAUUACUCCAGCAUUCGAAGUGGAUUUGUCCGACGACAUAAUAAACAAAGAUGAUACUUUCCAUGCAGACUUCUGGAAGAAAAUUGAAGCACAUGGCAAGUUCAUGCUAAUUCCAUGUCACGAGCCCGUUUCAUGUACGUCAUGUGCCUUAUGUUUCCGUUUAACUUUUACAGAAACCGAAGUGGAGCUCAUCCGCGGCUUAAGUAAGCACCAUCGGGAGUGCUACAAGCUAUUGAAGUACAUUUUCAAUAGUGGAGGAGGGUACAGUUUCAUGUCUUCAUACGCAUGGAAAACACUUAUUCUGAAGCAUGCGUGUUACUGUAAAGAAACUGCAAACUUAGCAGUGUGCUUUAAAAAACUAGUGGCAACCUGUCUACAUUACCUUUUCACCAGAAAAACCGAAGAGAAAAUUGAAUUCAGCCGUUUGGCUCGUAUUCUUAUGCGAGGUGACAAAUUCGAGUUACAUAUCCCUAGUAUUUUCAUCAAAGACCAUAACAUAAUGGACAGCAAAGAUUUUAAGUUCCCCUGUGAACACUUUCUACUCGAAAUCGAAGCAAUGCUCCAGUCGGUUGAGGACAUUAGCUGUGCUGAAAACCCAAAUACAGACGAUAUCAUCAUCGCAAAUGGUCACAUGACGGGGGUUGUGUCCUACAUUAAGGCUUCCCCACUGAUCAACAAACAUCUAGAACUGGACAACUGCGUUAAAUGCUUUGAGAGAUAUUUCCAGAAAAAAAUACUGGGAUAGAUAGAAGAAGACUAUUCCACGUGGUUAUUUGCAAGGGCCGACAUAUGUAAAAGCCGACUUUAUUAAACGCCUUUGUUGGCGAUCUAAAAAUAAAAAAAUGAGUCCUGAUGAUAAAUUCGGGCAAAAAUGGGGGAUUUCACCGGUAGGUUUUUUAUUUCUGCGAAUUUUUAUCAAUGGUUGGUAUCAAAUUAAAGCUUAACAUUCACUGUAAAAUUGAUAUAUUUAAAUUUAGGCCUAUAUCUAAAAAGCAAACUCACACGAAAUUAGGCCCUGAAAAGGUAUGUAAAAAGGGAAUGUACGAACGUUAACUGAUGAUAAAUUCGACCACUUUGUCAUUUACAAAAUUUUCUCCAUAGUAUAGUAUUGAAACUUUCCCAACAUUGCUGCAACAGUCAUUUCGGAUCAAGUAAUGAAAAGUGACCCAAUGUCAGGCCUUCAUGUGUUGACAGUGAUCAUGUACAAAAAAAAACAUCCUUUUCCCCAGUAAUUGUCGAUAAAUACUUUUAAAACAGAUAAAUGUAAGUCAUUUAUUUAUACAGAAUAUUUACCAAUUUUGUUUUGCUUACACCAGUUGCUGUUGAAAGUGAUUGCUAUUAGAUGGGGUGUUCAAUUAUAUAAGUAACCGAUUGCAAUCGAAUAAUUCGAAGGUGGUCGAUUGUAUCAUCUGUCCGACUUUGUUGUCAUUUGUAAAAAUGAUGCUAAAUUUGGUUUUCUUUACCCAAGAAGUCUAAAGCAUUUUUUUCUUUUUGCUACAUUUUACGACGUUGUUUUACUUGGAAAGUUUUACCACAAAGUCCCUCAAAAUUCAUAGUGACAUUUUACCGUCAUUAAUUUAGUGGCCAUCUUGACCUCAGAUUACGUUAUUUUUCAUUUUUCUAGAUCUAAUCAAACUUACUCUAAAAUGUGAUGUUUGAACUUUGUAUAAUACAAAAAUGCUAGUGUGUUAAACAAGUUCAAAUGGACCAUAAAAUGCUAUCUUGUGUCUUUAAGAUCGAUUUAUUUGUGCUCAAGGGAGAUAAAUCUUUUGUAAUUUUACAAAUUGAUUAAGUAUAAUUUGCUACUUCUGCAAAACACUUACAUCACAUGAACACAAUAUCAAAAUAAACCAUAUUGUAUGUCUUAUAAGGUAAUAUUUACCAUAUGUAUAAAGUGACAAAGACAAAAUAAGGGAGGUAAAAAAACUAAAAUAUGCGUUUGCUUCGUGGUUUCAUAUAUUAUCAACAUAUUUCAAUUAUCAGUGCACUGAUUACAUUUAUUAUAUCAAAUAAGUCAAGAUAAGAUGAACUUUGUGUGUUUGGGUUUGAUAAAGAAUGGAGAUAAUUGUAAAUUGCGAUGUAUAUAUCCUGAUAUUUUAGAAUGAACAUUCACAUUGUACCUUUUUUCUCCAAUGUUGAACUAAAUAAAGGUUUGCACAAUUCUUUACACAAUGAUUUAUUCUAAAACCUUAACAUAGGCAAUACAGGGAAGUAAUGUUAAAAUACAGAGCUGUCAUCAUUAUCAUAAUAUAGUGCAUUUGGAUGUUAUCAUUUAUU